CCACAAGCCCCGCCUUCCCCCUCCGGCUGCUUCCGGGCUUGCAAAAUGGCGGACGGGGCCGGUGGCGACGGGGGGGCUGCCGCGGUUCCUAUGGCGACGACACUGUUCCGCUGCGCGGUGUGCCGGUGCAGCGCCUUCGCCGGCCGACGCAGCCACCUCUACAGCGCCGGGCACCAGCGCCGGCUCCUACGGCUACUCGCCCGCCUCAGGGAGAAAGUGGAUGCAGCCAGGAAGAUGAUCAAACGGGCCCUGGUGGUGCCCUUUGACCCUGGGGAGCACCAGCGGCAAUUCUGGUGCGUUUGCUGCAGGCAGGAGGUGAAGUGGCACCUGAGCCAGGGGACCCUGGCAGUCUUGCAUGGCGGCCUCCUACAGCACAUGGCCAGUCUUCAACAUAAAAAAGCAGUUUCUGCAUUCUGGUGGGAGAACAAAGCAGACCCCAACCUGAAGUCACGCUUCCUGGUUUCCUCUGAAGAUUAUGAGCUCUUCAAGGCAUCACUCGCCAAAGCUCUGGAUACUUAUGAGGAAAAAGAAGAUGAGGUCAUUCAAGAGGUGGCUGCUCGCAUCAGAGAGAUAGAGCAGAGCCGGCGACAAAUGGUGCAGGCUGCCUUAGAGCCACAGGCGGAGACAGAGCUGUGUGAUGGAGCUGCUGCUGCUGCUGUCAACACCUUUGCAGAGAUUCUCAGCGACUCUGCUUUUGCUGGGGAAGAACAAGAGCAGCCUGGGCCAUGCAGGAGCCUGAUAUUUCUUGAAGAACAGCCUGGAUGUGUACACAGGACCAUGCCUGAGCUAGCCUGGCUGGAAGCCGGACAGUCAUUAACUUUCAUUGGCCACCAGGAAGCAGCAGGGGAGGGCAACAUUCACACAGGGGCCAAACCACCUUGGCUGAUGGAGGAGGAGGGAGAAAGCAAAGGGCAGAUUGGACCUUCUUACGAGGAAUUUCUCAAGGAAAAAGAGAAGCAGAAGUUGAAGAAGCUACCACCUAACCGCGUUGGUGCCAACUUUGAUCACAACUCUCAGACAGGAGAAGGGUGGCUCCCCUCCUUUGGGAGGGUGUGGAACCACGGCAGGAGGUGGCAGUCCAGACAUCAGUUCAAGUCUGAAGCAGGACAGAAGCUGCAUGGCCGUAAACAAAAGCAGCCAAAACCCAAAUGAAACGAGGAAAGGUCUGUGCCUUCCUACCAACUCUACACUGUUAACCAUCCACUCAGAUUCAACCACAGAAGAAGCCUGGCAGCCAUUAUCUUUUUGUACAUUGUUUUUGAGGGAGCCUGUUGUUAAGGAUGUAGUAUUUGUAUUAAAAUUUCACCAAAUUCA